AUGGAGGAGGAGAGAGAGCGGGCGGAGAAGGCGAGGAGACGCGAGGAGAGAGGAGGCGAGGAGAGAGGCGGCGAGGAGAGAGGCGGCGAGAGAGGCGGCGACGGGGGCGCGCCGAUGGAGGGCGGCCUCGAGAUUCGCAAGCCGCCGCCGCCGCCCGAGUCGGCGGCGCCGCCCGAGUCUGCGGCGGCGGCGGAGUCGGCGGCGGAGGUCGCGACGGGGGCGCGGCGGAAUAAAGAGGACGCCGUCGCCGCCGCCAAGGCGCGAUACCUCGAGCGCAAGCGCAAGGCGACGUGA